CCCGGGGAGGUUCCUCCCUGGUUAAAAAAAAAAAAAAAAAGGGGCGGCAGCCCUGGCCGGGGCCGAGCGCGCGGCGCGGCGGGGAGGGGAUAUCGGGGCGGACCCGGAGGACAUGGAGGGCGAGGGGGGCCCGGGCCGGGCCGGGGCCGUGCGGGAGCUCUGCCGCUCCUUCGGACACUACAACCGGCACCUGGCGCGGCUGCAGCACAACCUGCGCGAGACCAGGAGGUUCUUCCGCGACGUCAAGUUCUCCCAGGGACACCCCUUCGCCCCGGAGGCCGCCGGAGACGCUCCCCACGGAGGGGAUGGGGAUGAGGAGCCCGGGGACGGCCCCGCGCCCGGCGGGCAGAACUUCAUCUCCUUCCCCCGGCACGAGGAGGAGCAUCUCCAGCGCUCCGUGAGCUGGCACCCCUGCCUGCUCAUCCUGGGCCAGAACUGCAGUGCCAAGUGCCAGCUGCUCAACAUCCUGCUGGGGGAGAAGCUGCUGCCCACCACCAAGAUCAGCAACGAGGAGAACUGCAAGAGGCGGCGGAUCCGCUUCACGCACGGCAGCCAGACCCGGGUGAGCCUGGCCCUGCCCCAGCAGUACGAGCUGGUGCACGUGCUGGCAGCACACAGGGGGCACUGGGACACCAUCCCUGAGGAGGACCUGGAGAUCCAGGGGGACCCCGAGGACCCUGCCCACCGCAUCGCCGAGCUGGAGGUCAUGCUGCCCUACUCGCUGCUCAAGCCUCACAUCCAGGAUGGCAUCAUCCUUGAUUUUCUGUGCCUUAACCCAAACCUGUCUCACAGAAGAAGGGGUGAGGAAGGAGCCAAAAAAUUUCAUUUACGUGGAAUGGCUGCUGUGAGAACCUUGUGCUCCCGGGAGGUGGACGUGGUGGUGGCUCCGUGCCGGGGCUUCCAGCCGGCCGAGGACACCCUGGGGGAGUUUGUGAACCAGGUGCUGCCCGUGGUGACCUUCGCCAUCAGCGAGGCCCAGCUGUCCCCCUCGGACCAGAGCGAGCUGAGAACCAUCAAGGAGAAAUUCUCCCUGCCCAUUUUCUUCUUCCGCGUGCCCGAGGCCGGCGGGGAGCUGAUCUCCCCCAGAAAACCAGACAGCGACAAGUCCUCCCUGCACUGCCAGCUGCUGGACCUGCAGUACCUGAGCUCCAACCACUGCAGCUGUGGGGACAGCAGUGCCCAGAGCAUGUUGGUGGAGCAGCUGGAGAAGCUGAGGCUGCUGAGCACCUUCUCCAGGCAGGUGCUGCAGAAGCACUUGGUGGAGGCGGCCACGAGCCUGAACGAGCUGCACUGUCGCUGCCUCAACAUCUUCAUCAACCAGGCCUUCGACAUGCAGAGGGACCUGCAGAUCACCCCCAAGAGGCUGGAGUACACCAGGAGGAAGGAGAACGAGCUCUACGAGUCCCUCAUGGGCAUCGCCAACCGCAAGCAGGAGGAGAUGAAGGACAUGAUCGUGGAGACUCUGGGCAACAUGAAGGAGGAGCUGCUGGAGGACGCGGCCAGCAUGGAGUUCAGAGAUAUCAUCAUUCCUGAGAACGGGGAGCCCGUCAGCUCCAAGGACAUCAAGUGUUGCAUUAAACAGAUCCAGGAACUGAUUAUUUCUCGGUUAAACCAAGCAGUUGCCAACAAGUUAAUCAGCUCAGUGGACUAUCUGAGGGAGAGCUUCGUGGGGACUCUGGAGAGGUGCCUCAAGAGCCUGGAAGAGUCCUGGGAGGUGUCAGUACAUCCUGCAAGGAGCUUGGAGAAGCCCAAGGAUGGUUCUGUGCACAUCACAAGCAAUUAUCUCAAACAGAUCCUAAAUGCAGCUUAUCACGUCGAAGUCACUUUUCACUCUGGCUCAACAGUGACCAGGAUGCUGUGGGAACAGAUCAAACAGAUAAUCCAGCGGAUCACAUGGGUCAGCCCCCCUGCCAUCACCAGUGACUGGAAGAGGAAGGUGGCCCAGGAUGCCAUCGAGAGCCUCAGCGCUUCCAAGCUGGCCAAGAGCAUCUGCAGCCAGUUCAGGACCAGGCUCAACAGCUCCCACGAGGCUUUUGCAGCUUCCCUGCGGCAGUUGGAGGAUGGCCACUCUGGCAGGCUGGAGAGGACAGAGGACCUGUGGCUGAAGGUACGGAAGGAUCACGCUCCCCGGCUCGCCCGGCUCUCCCUGGAGAGCAGAUCCCUGCAGGAUGUGCUGCUGCACGGCAAACCCAAGCUGGGCCGGGAGCUGGGCCGGGGGCAGUACGGAGUGGUGUACCUGUGUGACAGCUGGGGGGGGCACUUCCCCUGCGCCCUCAAAUCCGUCGUUCCUCCAGAUGAGAAGCACUGGAAUGACCUUGCACUCGAGUUUCACUAUAUGAGGUCCCUGCAGACACAUGAGAGGCUCGUGCACCUCCAUGGAUCUGUGAUAGAUUAUGGCUAUGGAGGAGGCUCCAGCAUUGCUGUGCUGCUGAUCAUGGAGAGGCUGCACAGGGACCUCUACACGGGGCUAAAGGCUGGGCUGGAGUUGGAGACACGGCUGCAGAUUGCCCUGGAUGUGGUGGAAGGGAUCCGGUACCUGCACAGCCAGGGGCUGGUGCACAGGGACAUCAAACUCAAAAAUGUCUUGCUUGACAAGAAGAAUCGAGCCAAAAUCACUGACCUGGGGUUCUGCAAACCAGAGGCCAUGAUGUCUGGCAGCAUUGUGGGCACACCCAUCCACAUGGCUCCUGAGCUCUUCACAGGGAAAUACGAUAACUCCGUGGAUGUUUAUGCCUUUGGAAUUCUCUUCUGGUACAUCUGCUCGGGCCACGUGAAGUUACCAGAGGCUUUUGAGAGAUGUGCAAGCAAAGAUCACCUGUGGAACAACGUUAGGAGAGGAGUGCGCCCGGAGCGUCUCCCGGUGUUCGAUGAGGAAUGCUGGCAGCUGAUGGAAGCCUGCUGGGAUGGGGACUCCUCCCAGCGCCCUCUCCUGGGGAUUGUCCAGCCGAUGCUGCAGGGGAUCAUGGACAGGCUCUGCAAGUCCAGCUCUGAGCACCCAAAUAAAGGCUUGGAUGACUCGACUUGAGGAGGAGGCGCAGCGGGAUUUUGGAAUUGCGGGGGAAUUCCGCUUCCCCCCUCCCCAAACUCUGCGGGAGGCUUCUCCGGGUGGAGCUCCGUGCCCAGCCUGGCUGGGACAGGGACCAGCAGCCAGGAGAUUGCUCAGAGAGGUGAGACCUCGGGGCUGUUCCACGCUGAGGAGCAGCCAGAGCAAUCCCAGCCCACCCCACCGGUGCCAGUUAUCCCACUGCAGCUUUUCCCGUGGAAUUGUGCGAACAAGGCAGAGAGAAAAAAACCCCACGCCCUUGAACUAAAAGGGAUUUGUUUUUUUCCUUUUUUUUUUUUUUUUUUUUUUGGUUUUGCCAAUCCCACACCACCAACCCAGCCAAGCAAAGCAUUGUGUGUGUGUUUGUCUGUGUGCCCACGCCAGGCUUUACUCAGUGAAGGAAAAGCUCUUCCCAGGAACUGCGGGGGCCGCACGGAUCCAUCCCGGUCUCUCAUCGAUGGCACUAAUUCCAGAGUGGUUGGAGAGGAAGGAGAAAGCAAAAAAACAAAACAAAACAAAAAAACCUCUAGGCUAGAAGUGUUUAGAAGCAUCUGUAGGAGUUUCUGCAACACUUGAGAUGUUUACAUUGACAGGAGCAAAGCUUCCAUGUUUUACUGGGGGAGGAUUUGCAACCUCCUUCCCCACACCUUAUAAGCUAUUUAUCCUUUAUGUGCCCUUCACCUCUUACUCCUGUUAAAAGACAAAAAAACAAACAAACAACAACAACAAAAAAGCUCUUUUUUUCCUGGUCAUUUUGCUUCCUAAUAGUUCUUUGAAUGCCUGAAGGAACCUGCCCUUUCCUUCCCAGUCUUGUGGUAAAAUGUUGAGACUGCUCAGAGGUUCCACCUGGUAGUGCUGCACCAAAGUCAUUCCAUGCCCAUGGGGAAAGUGCCAAGUCAUUUUAAUUAAAAACUUAGGGGGGGGGGGAGGUUUAAUUAGCAGUAAAAGUAAUGACAGUUUUAAACUGUGCCAACUCUGCCAGGCACCUUUUUAAAAACUGAGGUUUCUUCAGCUUUAUUUUUAAACCCUGGGUGUGGUUGGAG